GUAUACGUAUGCAUGCGAACUUCCUUUCAACCUGCAGCUGUGAUAUUUGCGCCAAAUAGGUAAAUUUGGCAUUCAUCCAAAAAAUAUGCCUUCGAUUAUCAUUGAAAUCAAUAGUAAACAAAUAUGUGGCGACGAAAAAUCAAAUCUUAAUAUGCACUUCUUGCCUGCACAAAUAAAAGGUGAUGGAGACGCUAAUGUGGAUUCAUAUUUCAACGUUUACACGCGUCAAGAACAAGGAGUCCUUACUAAUUCCUUACGCGGAUAUCCGCUACAGGGUAAAACAAAAAGUGUGCCCACUAAUUAUAAAGCUUUAGUGUUGCAGGAAACGCAAAAGCCCUUAGAUGAGGAAGCAGAUCGUGUUCUCCGUAUCAAAGGAUCAUUUAACGAAUUUACGUAUUGGAACUAUGAUAAAAUUCCUUCUGCAUCUGAUGGAUAUAACCAGGCCAUGCAAUUGUUGGACAUUGUUGGAGCCUUAUCAACAACAAUUACCGAACAAGAUGUUCUUAAGGAAAUUGAGACCAAGAAGAGUUCUUCAAAAUAGUAUUAUUUAUAUGUCG